CGGAUUUCCCCCUCCUCGACCGUCGUCAAUAUCGCACGGUUCACCGGCCACGCUCUCUCGCUUUCCAAGGACCGCCGGGUCCGCUCCGUCCCCCGUCUGGCAGUGGCCUCCUCGCCGCCCUCGGCGCCGCCUGGCCACGCCUUAUCCAGAUCCAGGAUUCAAAGAAACCAUUACUUCACCACCAUGGUUCUUGAUUCAUUGUCAUCUCCGCACAGGAGGUCCCAAAACAUAUUCUUCGUGUCAUCAUCAAAAAAGCCUCAGUCAUCUCGUGAUGACAGUUGGUCUGCACUGGUUGAGCGGCACCGGUUCCUCCUGACAACACUUCUUGUGCUUGCCUUCCUAUGCAGUAUCUAUCUGUACUUUGCAGUGACCUUGGGGGCAUCAGAUGCGUGCAGUGGUUUGACAGGAGGGGCACAGAAGAUCGAGUGCCAGGCAAGAUCAGUGCUGCAACAUGGAAAGUUGAAAUUCCGCUGACUUCGGAGUCUCAUUGAUGAAGACCAAAUUAUUGAGUUUAUUUGCACUCUGGUCACAGGUCUUAUUCUUCAUACCAUGAAUCUGUAUAUUAUUGGUGGUGGCUGGUUUGUAUUCAUGCUGAUGUUAUUGGGCCACAACAUUUAUUGUACUGGUAGAGAUAAAUCUAAUAGUGAUAGCGUUGAGUUUGUGGAAAGUGGAAACUGGUAUAAGGGUAGGUCUAUAUUGUUCUUUUAACAAUCAUGGUGCCUAUAAUUCGUCCAGGAGACCUUGGUAUUGUCUCCCGUGUGACAUGUGACACAGUCAGAUUGAUACUGUGCUACCUGAGCACCCUUUGAUCUUUAAGUACUGAUUAAUUUCGUU